AUGAUUGAAGAUAAACCCAAAGAUAAGUCAAGAGCUUGUGCUGUAAUCCAAGAUGAUGAAGGAUAUGAUUGGAGUCAGAUUCUUUCAGAAGAAGAUCGUGUUGAUAAUCGAAGUACAGCUCAUGGUAGAAACCCAUCAAAGAGCAAACAUUAUGUUUUUAUUGCUGAAAUUCAAGAGGAAAACAAAGAAGAAAAAGGCACAGCUGAAAUCAAAGAGAAAACUAGAGAAGAAAUUCUGAGCGAGAAAACAUACCGAGAAAGAAACAUUGCUUGGAAUAGAAUGGAUGAAAUGAAAGAAGAGUAUGAGAGUGCAGUGAGCAACAAAAGAUGGGACAAAAAGAGAGAGUGUUAUUUCAACAGACAAGGUGAACCUGUUGUUCCCAAAAAGGACAUAGUUUUUGAUGAUGUUCUUCUCAUAAUUCCUCGAUCAGUCGAAUAUUACACAAAUGUUGAAAAAGAUAAAACAUAUGCAAAAAGGCUUGAAAAGGACAUAAGACAUGUCAUGAUAUCGAGAUUGAAGAAGAGAGAUGAAGAAAGAAUGAAGAAGAAUGUAGAUGAGAUGGUGAAUGAUUUGAAGAAGAUUGUUGAAGAUGUGAAAGUUGAAGCUGUUAAAGUUGAGGUUGUGAAGAAAGAAGAAGAAGUUGUUGAAGAAAAAGCUGUUACUAAAAAACAGCUUGUUGAUGAAGAAAUAAUGAAGAAGAAAGAAGAGAAAGAAAGUUUGAAUGUGGACAAUGUUGGUGAUGAAAGUGCUAAUGAUGAGAAGAAGGAAGAGCUGAAGCAGACAGAUGCAGCAGAAAACACUAAAGUGACAGUCACUGAGGUGCUCAAGAAAACCGAAGACUGUGAAAAUGAAAAACAAAGCAGCCUGGCACAACAAGAGGAAGAUGAGGCUGCUGAACCCUGGAUACCAGAUUAUGAUCCCGAUAGCUGA